UGGCACUUUGUCCAUGGAGCGCGCCCCUCCUAGCUUGUUCUACUCAGCACGCCCGUCGCCAUCUUGUCUUAUAUAUACAACAAGUAGUCAUGUGUCCGCGUGCGGCGUGCGCGUGCGACUUGGACUUGGAUCCGGCUCUGCUCGUUCAAUUCAAUUUCCUACUAUGGGAGCGGGCGGAGAUCCAAUCCAUCAUCGUCGUCGUCAUAUUGAUUUCCAACGAUCAUCGUGUCGCUGGGCAGCGGGCCAUGGGACCAGCUCUUCGGCGGAGGAACGCGCCAUCCUUCUGGGUGGCUGCCGCGGCCUCCUUUGUGGGCGGGCUGGUAGCCAUCCUGGGCUCCCGCGGGCCCGGCUCGGGCCGAAGAAGAAAACCACCCAACGAUGAUGAUUCGAGCCGAGUAUACAGAGACAUUGUUAUGUUGCAGACAAGGAAGGAAGGCAGGUUGGUCUCAAGUUGCAACCAUUCAUUCUUUGCACACUGGUUCCAAGACACCGGGAACACUGCCUACACUACACUAGGCAUGGGGAGUCUGUAUAUUGUCAUCAUCAAGUUGGGUUCGGUUCAAAUUCAAGGCCAAAAGUAGGAGGGCUCUGGAAUUUUCCUCCAUGGGCCCUAGCGUCGCCUUUUUUCCGCUUGUCGGUGUGAAACAUGGUCAGUCAUAUGUUGUUGUAUGUCGGAUAUUUUGCCAUUUUGUCGGAGAUUAUCAACCAAUCAAUAAAAGUUGCAGGGUUUUGUUUGAGAUUA